CCUUUGUCCACUUCUCUCUCUUUAGAUAACAUAGAGAGAGAGAGAGAUAAAGAGUGUAGAGAGAGAAAAUUCAGUUUGUUUGCAUGUGCAAUGUGUCUGCAGAUUCUCUACCCGACGAGUACCCUGCACACCUAUUUGUCUUUUCCUCCAUGCGACUUGGCACCACUCGUUUAAUCAUUGACGCGCAACUGAUCACAACAAAACCAUUUAGAACGGGGAAAUGCCCUUAAUAACGAUUCCAUCUCCCUCACCUAAACAAUCACAAACUUCGCAAACUAACCCAUUUCAAGACUGAUACCUAUCAUGGGUACGAGCCUCUUCUUCAGUAAAAAUCCCUUUCUGGGCUUACCCACGUUGGAACUAGCCUCAAUUUGCAUAAACUUGACAUUGCUCCUAGUUUUCCUCUUCACUGUAGCAGCUCGACUGAUACACACACGUGUUGGUCGAAUUCAAACUUUUAAGGAGUCUUUCAAUUCAAACACAGCUUCAAUCUCAGCUCGCAACACUACUGACUGUGAAAUUCAGAUUAGAGAAAUUGGUACUGGAUACAAAGCUUCAGUCUUUUGUUGCUUCUAUGUGCUGUUUUUGCAAGUAAUGGUUUUAGCGUUUGAUGGUGUUGGUUUAAUAAGAGAUGGGAAGGGUAGUACAUUCACGAAUUGGGUCCUUCCAGUUUUGCCUGCAUCUCAGGGUUUAGCUUGGUCCGUCCUGAGUUUUUCAGCCCUUGGCUGUAAAUUCAGGGCCUCUGAGAAAUACCCACUUUUGUUGAGGGUUUGGUGGGUUGUGUCCUUUAUCACUUGUUUGUGUACUUCGUAUGUUGACGGGAAGCAAAUGAUAACGGGAGGUUCAAAGAACUUGAAUUCUCAUGUUUUGGAGAACUGGGCCGCCACCCCGGCCCUUGCUUUCCUAUGUUUCGUAGCAAUUAGAGGUGUCACCGGUAUACAAAUAUUUAGAAACUCUGAUCUUCAAGAGCCAUUGCUUCCAGAAGAAGAAGAAGAAGUAGGGUGUCUUAAUGUAACUACUUAUAAUGAAGCAGGGUUAUUUAGUUUGGUCACACUUUCUUGGUUGAACCCAAUUCUUUCACUUGGAGCGAGGAGACCACUUGAGCUUAAGGACAUUCCACUCCUUGCACCGAAAGAUCGGUCCAAGGCAAACUAUAAGAUUUUGAAUGUGAAUUGGGAGAAGUUGAAAGCUGAAAAUCCUCAGAAACAGCCUUCUUUAGGUUGGGCUAUCCUCAAGUCUUUCUGGAAGGAGGCAGCUCGUAAUGCCAUUUUUGCUGGCUUGACUACUCUUGUUUCUUAUGUGGGUCCAUACAUGAUUAGCUACUUUGUGGAUUACUUAGGGGGAAAUGAAACUUUUCCCCAUGAAGGUUAUAUUCUUGCCGGAAUAUUCUUCACAUCAAAGUUGGUGGAGACCUUAACAACUAGGCAGUGGUAUCUUGGAGUUGACAUUUUGGGUAUGCAUGUGAGAUCCGCUCUGACGGCUAUGGUGUAUCGUAAGGGACUCAAACUCUCAAGUGUGGCCAAGCAAAGUCACACUAGUGGCGAGAUUGUGAAUUACAUGGCAGUUGAUGUUCAGAGAGUAGGGGACUACUCUUGGUAUCUCCAUGACAUUUGGAUGCUUCCUUUGCAAAUAAUUCUUGCUCUUGCUAUUCUGUAUAAGAAUGUUGGGAUUGCCAGCGUUGCGACUUUGAUCGCCACCAUUAUCUCCAUUCUUGUGACAGUUCCAUUGGCAAGAGUUCAGGAAACUUAUCAAGACAAUUUAAUGGCUGCCAAAGACGACAGGAUGAGGAAGACUUCCGAGUGUCUUAGGAACAUGAGGAUUCUCAAGCUUCAAGCUUGGGAGGAUAGGUACCGAGUGAAGCUAGAAGAAAUGAGGAAUGUCGAGUUUAAAUGGCUUCGGAAAGCUCUUUACUCUCAGGCUUUUAUAACAUUCUUUUUUUGGAGCUCCCCUAUUUUUGUUUCAGCUGUCACUUUUGGUACUUCCAUAUUAUUGGGAGGUGAGCUUACAGCAGGUGCUGUUCUUUCAGCUCUUGCUACUUUCAGGAUCCUACAAGAACCCCUUAGAAAUUUUCCUGAUUUGGUUUCGAUGAUGGCUCAGACAAAAGUGUCUCUUGACAGGAUAUCGGUAUUCCUGCAGGAGGAAGAGUUGCAGGAGGAUGCAACCAUUGUUGUACCAAGAGGCAUCACCAAUGUGGCAAUAGAAAUUGAGGAUGGGGAAUUCGGUUGGGACCCUUCUUCUGAGAAUCCAACCUUAUCGGGCAUCCAAAUGAAGGUGGAGAGGGGUAUGUGUGUGGCUGUGUGUGGCGUGGUUGGUUCUGGGAAAUCGAGCUUUCUUUCUUGCAUUCUUGGUGAGAUUCCAAAAAUCUCUGGCGAAGUUAGAGUAUGUGGUUCUGCUGCUUAUGUCCCUCAAUCAGCUUGGAUACAAUCGGGAAAUAUAGAAGAAAACAUACUUUUUGGUGGUCAAAUGGAUAAGGCCAAGUACAAGAAUGUCAUCCAUGCCUGUUCACUAAAAAAAGAUCUGGAGCUUUUCUCCCAUGGAGAUCAGACCAUCAUUGGCGAUAGAGGUAUAAAUUUGAGUGGUGGCCAGAAGCAACGUGUGCAGCUUGCUAGAGCCCUUUAUCAAGAUGCAGACGUUUAUCUACUCGAUGAUCCCUUCAGUGCUGUUGAUGCACACACAGGAUCUGAAUUGUUCAAGGAAUACAUACAGACAGCGCUAGCUGCGAAGACCGUGAUUUUUGUGACCCAUCAAGUUGAAUUUUUGCCAGCUGCUGAUUUGAUACUGGUUCUUAAGGAAGGCCGUAUCAUUCAGGCUGGGAAAUAUGAUGACCUUUUGCAGGCAGGAACUGAUUUUAAAACAUUGGUUUCAGCUCACCAUGAAGCUAUAGAAUCCAUGGAUAUUCCCAAUCACUCUUCUGAAAAGUCAGAUGAAAGCCACCUUUGCAAUGGGUCCACUAUUUUAAUUACGAAACGUGAUUCAGCUGGGAAAAAAAUUGACAGUUCAGUGAAGGAAGUACAAGAAGGUGUAUCAACUUCAGAGUCAAAGGCAAUUAAAGAGAAAAAGAAAGCAAAACGUUCAAAGAAAAAACAGCUUGUUCAGGAAGAGGAGAGGGAGAGAGGAAGAGUUAGCAUGAACAUGUACUUGUCAUAUAUGGCUGCAGCAUAUAGAGGCUUAUUUAUUCCACUCAUUAUUCUUGCACAGACAUUGUUUCAGCUGCUUCAAAUAGCUAGUAAUUGGUGGAUGGCUUGGGCAAAUCCACAAACUCCAGGGGACAAACCUAGGGCAAGUAGUAUGGUCCUUCUUGUUGUUUACAUGUCUCUUGCUUUUGGGAGCUCUUUGUUUAUACUUGUCCGCGCUCUACUUGUAGCUACUUUUGGUCUAGCAGCUGCACAAAAAUUGUUUCUAAAAAUGCUUGUAAGUGUAUUUCGAGCACCAAUGUCCUUCUUUGACUCCACUCCAGCCGGGAGGAUCUUGAAUCGUGUGUCUAUUGAUCAAAGUGUUGUCGAUCUUGAUAUUCCUUUCAGACUUGGUGGGUUUGCUUCAACAACAAUCCAGCUUAUCGGUAUAGUGGGCGUAAUGACAAAAGUUACCUGGCAAAUCGUGCUCCUUGUUGUCCCAAUGGCCAUUGCUUGCUUGUGGAUGCAGAAAUACUACAUGGCUUCAUCAAGGGAAUUGGUUCGCAUUGUUAGCAUCCAGAAAUCGCCGAUCAUCCAUCUUUUUGGUGAGUCGAUUGCUGGAGCAGCCACAAUUAGGGGAUUUGGGCAAGAAAAGCGAUUCAUGAAGAGAAACCUUUAUCUUCUUGAUUGUUUUGCUCGCCCGUUUUUCUACAGUAUUGCAGCCAUUGAGUGGCUCUGCCUACGCAUGGAGUUACUUUCUACUUUUGUAUUUGCUUUCUGCAUGGUUUUACUUGUGAGCUUUCCUCAUGGGAGUAUAGAUCCAAGCAUGGCAGGCCUCGCUGUGACAUAUGGCCUUAAUUUGAAUGCGCGGCUAUCGCGGUGGAUACUUAGCCUUUGCAAGCUUGAAAACAGAAUUAUUUCGAUUGAAAGGAUUCAUCAGUACUGCCAAAUCCCUAGCGAAGCUCCACCGAUAGUUGAGAAUUCUCGUCCACCAUUGUCAUGGCCAGAGAGUGGAACAAUUGAGCUGAUAGAUUUAACUGUUCGUUACAAGGAAAAUCUUCCUGUAGUGCUCCAUGGGAUUACCUGCAAAUUUCCUGGUGGAAUGAAGAUUGGAAUAGUAGGGCGAACUGGUAGUGGUAAAUCGACUUUGAUCCAGGCAUUGUUCAGAUUAAUAGAACCAGCAGCUGGGAAUAUUAUUAUUGACAAUAUUAACAUUUCAACGAUUGGUCUUCAUGACCUCCGUAGCCGUCUGAGCAUCAUUCCCCAAGAUCCAACCUUGUUUGAAGGGACAAUUAGGUGCAACCUUGAUCCCCUCCAGGAGCACUCAGACAAAGAAAUUUGGCAGGCACUUGACAAGUCCCAGCUUGGGGAAGUAGUUCGGCAGAAAGAGCAAAAACUUGAUACGCCAGUUUUAGAAAAUGGAGAUAACUGGAGCGUUGGGCAACGGCAACUUGUUUCUCUAGGCCGGGCUCUGCUAAAACAGGCUAGAAUUUUGGUUCUUGAUGAAGCCACGGCUUCGGUUGAUUCGGCCACAGAUAACCUUAUUCAGAAGAUUAUCCGAACAGAGUUUAGGGAUUGCACUGUGUGCACUAUUGCUCAUCGUAUCCCAACUGUAAUCGACAGCGAUCUGGUUCUGGUCCUCAGUGAUGGCCGAGUUGCAGAGUACGAUACUCCAGCACGAUUGCUGGAAGACAAGUCUUCCAUGUUCCUUAAGUUGGUGUCCGAGUACUCAUCUAGAUCAAGUGGCAUCCCGUACUUUUGAGUUAUACGCGGCAUGCCCAAGAAACCCGAGAUUAAGCAAGAAGAGCAACAGAUGGUACUGCAGUGAACAAAACCCUGCUUGUGCUGCUGCUUCAAUUGGGAAACAGAUGAAAGUGAAGGUGGUGUACCGCAGACUAUCAGCUCGAAACCUCACAAGUGUGUCCCAGAUAGUUUUUCCCUGUUCGAGGAAUUCAUGUGCCCUUCCUACACUGUAUCGAGAAAUAAAUCAAGGGAAACGGAGUGAUAAUAGUGAUUUUCUCAAAGCAGAAUGGAGCGGCGAGACGUGGAAUAAAGUGGGUUUAGGAUUUUACAGUAGGGUUUAAGUUUUUUCAGCUUCGUAUAGCGGGUUAGACAAUCCAUCCAUGUUGUUCUCUCUAGACCUUUUAGUUCAUUACAUCAAGUCAUCAAAUGGAAGUUUUGUUUUGCUUCA